UAACGUUUGGUCGGGUCCAAGCGUAUAUACUGCCGUCUCCUCGGACGUCGACUUCUCCUCCUCCGAGCCCUCCUCAACCCUCUUAUUUGUUCCGCAAGACUUUUCCAUUUUCUCCUUUUUUAGGGUUCAAUUAGUUGCAAAAAUUACGAAAAGUUAGCAGUAAAGCUCGGGCCUUUGGAAUCGAUCAGAGGUUUUAACAGUUAGAAGGAGAGGAAAUCGAUUCCACUGUCGAUCGGUCGAUCUUCUCUAUAACUGUUUUAGCCCUCUUUGUCUUUCACCGAUUUUUUUAUUUAUUUUUAAUUUCUUUAAAUUCUCUGGUGGAACCCUAAUUCCUUUAAGGGUUCGUUUCAGAAUCUUGGGAUUAGGGUUUCUUUCAUCCCAAGUUCUGAUUUUCUCUUUAAAUGCUUGAUGGGUCUCUAGAUUUUCGAGAAUAUUAGGUUUUUUUUUCUGUAGUAUUCCCUCUCUUUUGAUUUCUUACUGGAAGCAAAAGGGUAAAAUUCCUUCAAGGGUUCGUUUCAGAAUAUUGGGAUAAAGGUUUCUGUCCUCCCAAGUUCUGAACUUGAUGGAUUUAUAGAUUUUAGAUCUUUUUAGUUUUUUUCUGUAAUUUUUUUUUUCUUUAGAUUUCUCGUUAGAAGAAGAAAUAGUGUAGAAAAAGAUCAAGAUGUCUUCAGCUGGAGUUGCUGCUUUGUGUUUAAGCCCAAUCCUGGAGAACCCAAAUCUUUCUCCGAUACGAUUCGAUGGCAGCAGAUCUCCUCACUGCUUGCCCGAUUCGAUCCUCAUCUUUCUCUCAGUCCCGGGUUCAUCCGUGAUCCCAAUGCAGGUCCAUGAGUACGAUUCGAUCGCCUCGGUCAAGCUCCGUAUUCAGAGCUGCAAGGGUUUUGUCGUCAACAAGCAAAAACUCGUCUUUGAUGGCAGAGAGUUAGCGAGGAACAACUGCAAGGUUCGAGAUUACGGAGUCUCAGAUGGAAAUGUGCUUCAUCUCGUCAUCCGGCUCUCUGAUCUUCGGGUGAUCACUGUGAAGACUGCUUGUGGGAAGAAAUUCAAGUUUCAGGUUGAGUGCAAUCGAAAUGUUGGGUACAUUAAGCAUCAGAUUGCAAAGAAGGGGAAGGAUUUCUUGGAUCUCGAAGAGCAAAGAUUGAUUUGUGAUGGUGAGGAGCUUGAUGAUCAGAGGAUCAUCAAUGAUGUGUUUAAGAAAGACAAGGAUGCUGUCAUUCAUUUGCUCGUGAGGAAAUCGGCAAAGAUUAGGACCAAACAAGUUGAGAAGGAUUUCGAGCUGUCAAUUGUAGCUGAAGAAGAACCUAAGGUUGUUGAUAGGAAAUUUGAAGAGUCGAAUAUAGUUAACAAGAAAGUUGUCGAUACAAAUGUGUGGAUAGAACCUGUGAUUGUUAACCCCAAGGUUGAGAUUUCUCCAGGGAUUGAAGAUUUGUUGAAGUCUACAUUUGCUGGAUUAGAGAAGGGGAACUUGCCUGUUAUAUCCUCUGAAGGAUCAGGGGGAGCUUACUUUAUGCAGGAUGAAUCCGGGCUUAAGUACAUUGCUGUGUUCAAACCAAUAGAUGAGGAGCCAAUGGCUGAGAACAAUCCCCGUGGGCUUCCAUUGUCUUUGGAUGGUGAAGGGCUGAAGAGGGGAACAAGAGUAGGUGAAGGUGCAUUAAGAGAGGUUGCUGCGUAUGUUCUUGAUCAUCCAAUUGAUGGGCGCAGGUUGUUCCUUUCUGAUGAAAUAGGCUUCUCUGGUGUUCCACCGACUGUGAUGGCUAAGUGUUUGAAGAGUUGUUUCGGUUCUUAUGACGGUUAUGGGGAAAAGGGUUACAAGAUUGGAUCUAUGCAGAUGUUUGUGAAGAAUCAUGGGAGUUGCGAGGAUAUAGGUCCUCGGGCAUUUCCUGUGGAGGAGGUACAUAAGAUAUCGGUUUUGGAUAUAAGAUUGGCGAAUGCAGAUCGUCAUGCUGGAAAUAUUUUAGUUCACAAAGAAGGGGAAGAAGGACGUAUUAUGCUGAUACCUAUUGAUCAUGGAUAUUGCUUGCCUGAGAAUUUUGAGGAUUGCACCUUCGAAUGGCUCUACUGGCCUCAAGCCCGUCAACCUUUCAACUCAGAAACUCUGAGGUACAUAAAAUCUCUUGAUGCAGAAGAAGACAUCAAUCUCCUCAAAUUCUACGGAUGGGAGCUGUCCCUAGAAUGCUCGCGCACUUUGCGCAUCUCAACAAUGCUCCUGAAGAAGGGAGCAAAGAGAGGUCUCACUCCCUUUGACAUUGGAAGCAUACUGUGCAGAAAAACUCUGAAGAAGGAAUCAAUUAUUGAGGAGAUUGUCCGUGAGGCUAAGGAUUCUGUGAUUCCAGGCACCAGCGAGACUGCGUUUUUGGAGUCGGUCUCUGAGAUCAUGGAUCGUCGUCUUGACGAGCUGAAGCUAUAGAGGAGGGGGUGGUAAUGGUUCGUUGUCAGUAUUAUGGUAUAAUAUAAUAUAAAUAUAUAAAUAAAAUAGCCUGGUUCAUCCGCGAUUCCUGUAUUUGUGUUGUUUGAUAGAUGGAUUUGGAGGUGUUUGUAGUUGUAAGUAUUUGUGGACAGUUUCCUAUCUGUUUGUUAAAUAAAUAGAUGGUUAUUUUUUGUAGUUCUUCA